AUGUCAGAUCCACAUCAGUCAGUUACUUCCGAAGUCGAACACCUGCUGCUCAACGCACAACUGCGUGAGGAGCUGGAACCGUUUCUCGAUGACUCGAUCGAACGUAUCAAUUUGCGUUCGCUGCCGACUCCGCGAGAGAACGAAUACCUGGCGUCGAUGCUGGCCUGGGAGCGUGCUCCCGUGCUGCCGAUCGCUCAGUGGUUCGAUCCUCCGCUGGAAAUGCCUCACUUGUCGCUGCUCAACGACGAGCAGAUUCACGACAAGCUGUGGGAGAUCAUUCGCCAGCUUCAUUCGAAGCGGAUCGUUCUCGAUUUUACCGAUCACCUGACCGAUCGACAGUUGUAUUGCAUGAUCUACCGCGACAUUUUGCCGUCGCCGGAGAAAAAGAUCGAAUCUUCGCGGCAUUUCCUGCACUGGGACUGUGCCGAUAUCGGGGGCGACCCAGACGUGUGGCUUCGCUAUUACGCGAACGAAGAAGAGCGUCAGAUGUGGGCCGAGCAGACCGAAGAAUACCUGCCUCCGCACGAAGAUCUGGAUCCCAUGGAUGUGGAAUCGAUGUUUCAGGGGGCGAAACGGGUCUUCGUCAGCGAUUUCGAUGGAACGAUGACCGACCGCGAUUUCUACAUCAUGGUCGACCCCUUGCUGCCUAAGGACACACCCGAUUUCUGGCAGAUGCACCUGGAUGGUCACAUCACGGUUUUCGAGGUGCUGCAGAACCUCUUCGCGUCGAUCCGCGGCGAUGAAAAGGAAGUCAUGGAGAUCGCCCGACGGGGUGGGCUCGAUCCGAAUCUCGCCAGUUCUAUGCAGCAACUGAAAGGCGAAGGCUGGCAGGUGGUGGUGGCCUCAAUCGGCAGCGAGUGGUACAUCAGCCGGCUAUUGGCUGAACGCGGUGUGGACGUGCCCAUUGUGGCCAACCCUGGAGAACUGACUGAAAACGAAGGGUUGCGGCUGACUAAGCCAGUGGGUUCACCCUUUUACAGCGAGAUCGCAGGCGUAAGCAAAGCGGCGAUCGUGAAGGCCGCUCAGGCAACCGGAGCCACGGUAGCGUACGCAGGCGACAGUCGUCCCGAUUUCGACGCGGCCAUGCUGGUCGAGCCUGAACUUCGCUUCGCGCGAAACUCCCUGGCAGAGAUUCUCGAAACAGCAAUUGAGUUCUUUCGCCGAGCACUCGAAGUCGACCCCGACGCGAUGGAUAUCGCCAACAACCUGGCUUGGAUUCUGGCCACCACCGAUGACCCGCAGUAUCGGAAUGGCAAAGAGGCCGUGCAGCUUGCCGAGAGGGUCAGUAAAGCCUCCGAAUACCAAGACGCGGGUUACUUGGAUACCUUGGCCGCGGCCUAUGCACAGGCGGGGCGAUUUGCCGAAGCCGUGCAUUGGCAGACCAGGGCCAUUGAACUCGUCGCUGCACCGCUGAAGCCGGACUAUCAAAGCCGGCUCGAGGUCUAUCAGCGACGCAAACCAUAUCGCGAUGCGGAGCCCCACCGUAUGCGGACCUGUUUGUUCCCAGCAUUGAACUUUGCGUUAAGCGCGCUGUUGUUGCUUGGUCCCAAUCUCUCCUCGGCCGCUGCCAGUCCACCCAACAUUGUGCUAUUCAUGGCCGACGAUCUUGGCUACGGCGAGUUGGGAUGCUAUGGGCAGAAGAAGAUCAACACACCGCGGAUCGAUCAGUUAGCCGCCGAGGGGAUGCGGUUCACGCAGGCAUAUGCCGGGUCGCAGGUUUGCGCUCCUUCGCGAAGUGUGCUGAUGACGGGCUUGCACACCGGGCACACCCCCGUGCGGGCCAACGGGUACGGAAAGCACCUUUAUGCAGAUGACAUCACCGUGGCUGAAGUUCUCAAGUCGGCCGGGUACGCCACCGGAGCGUUUGGCAAAUGGGGCCUCGGCAACGAAGACACUCCCGGUCGUGCCACUCUACAAGGCUUUGACACGUUCAUGGGGCAGCUCGAACAGGUGCAUGCCCAUUUCUAUUACCCCUAUUGGAUCUGGCAAAACGACGAGCGAUUCUUGAUGCCCGAGAAUGAGGGCCGCAGCCAAUCGCGAUACGUGCACGAUGAGAUGUUCGACGCGGCAAUGGACUUCGUACGAGAUCAUCGUGAUGAACCGUUUUUUCUUUACGUGCCGUGCAUCAUCCCACAUGUCGAGUUGGUGGUUCCGGAGGAGUCGGAGCUUCCCUACCGGGGACGUUUCCCCAAGGUCGCAAUCCAGGACCCGCGGAAGGGCUAUCUUGGUUCCGACGACGGAUACACCACGUUCGCUGGCAUGGUCAGUCGCAUGGAUCGGGAUGUCGGGCGGUUGGUCGAUCUGCUGGCCGAGUUAGGGCUCGAAGAGAAUACCUUGUUCAUCUUCACUUCCGACAAUGGUGGGCAAGGUGGAAACUGGUCGGGCAUGACUGACUUCUUCGACGGCAACGCACUACUGCGGGGCUACAAGGGGAGCUUCUACGAAGGUGGGAUUCGCGUGCCGUUCAUCGCUCGCUGGCCGGGAAAAAUUGCCGCGGGUACGACCAACAAUCAGCCGAUCUGCUUCUACGACAUCAUGCCGACAUUAGCAGCCGUCGCCGAUGUGGAGCCACCCCCGACCGAUGGCGUCUCGCUGUUGCCCUGCAUGUUAGGGACUGGGGAACAGAAGACCCAUGAGUUCCUCUAUUGGGAGUAUCCCCGCGGUGAUGGUUACGAUCAGGCGAUUCGGCAGGGCGAUUGGAAGCUGUUGAAAUCGUCGAAAGGCAAAGUCGAACUCUACAACCUGGCUACGGAUUUAGGUGAGAAGCACAACGUGGCGAAGCAACACCUCGAAGUGGUCGCCCGGCUCGAAGGAAUUCUGGCCCGCGAGCACACCCUGGAGCGCGACUACAAGGAAACAACGCGGCCGAAGAUUGAUGACUUCGUACGCUGA